AUGGGACUUGGUAAAACAAUACAGGCAUUGGCUAUAGCCAAAUACUACGAUUCUGACUGGCCAUUGCUUGUGAUAUGUCCAGCUGGUUUGUUACAUGACUGGAGGGAAGCAAUAGGUCUGUUCUUGGAUGCUAGUAGUACGAUAGUACGAGAUAGUGUUGACUUUGGUGAUAAAAUAAGCAUUAUUAGCAAUGUAAUGGCCACAAAAUAUAGUGAUAUGAUUACAGCUGACAAUUAUAAGGUGAUUAUUGUAGAUGAGUGUCAUGGUUUGAAAUCAACCAAAACACAGCGAACUAAGGCACUGUUACCAAUUCUACAGAAGUCAACUAGGCUAAUUAUGUGUUCAGGAACACCAGCGGUCAGUAGGCCUGUUGAAUUGUAUCCUAUUAUACAGGCACUUCAUAAGGGACCUUUUACUAGUUACAAUGAGUAUGGAAUGAGAUACUGCAAUGGAAGACUCGUGAAUGGCAGAUAUGACUUCCAAGGCUGUUCUAAUGCUGAUGAAUUGUCAUAUUUUAUGGAGAAGGAAUUUAUGAUUAGAAGAAGAAAAGAAGCUGUUCUAAGCAAGUUGCCUAAGAAAAACAGGAAAAAGAUAGAAUUGAGCUUAGAGAAUGUGGAAUUAACUGAAGGAAUGGUUGACAACAAAACAGUGAUAGGUAAUGAUGUUGCACUGGCCUAUAGAAAGGCAUGCGAAGUGAAAGUGGAUCCAGUUUUAGCAUAUAUUAAUUCAUUAGUGGAGAAAGAAACUAAAUUCUUGGUAUUUGCUCACCACAAAACGAUGAUUGAUGCAAUAGCAGAGAAUAUUAAGAGUAUGAACAUAAAAUACAUGAAAAUAGAUGGAAAUGUACCAGUGGCAAAAAGAAAGAUGUUAGUAGACGCAUUUCAAAAGGAUGACAGUUAUAAAGUGGCCGUAUUGAGUCUAACAGCUGCAUCUACUGGAUUAACAUUGACAGCAGCAUCAUUGGUUGUAUUUGCUGAAUUAUUCUGGAAUCCAGGUGUAUUGAUGCAGGCAGAAGAUAGAGCACAUAGAAUAGGACAAACUAAACCAGUAGAAGUGCUGUAUUUAGUAUGUGAAAAGACAAUAGAUGAGAUAGUAUGGCCUUAUUUAUUAAGGAAAUUGAGUGUAUUAGAAAAAAUAGGUCUCAGCAAGAAUGAAUUGAAGCAAAUAAAGGGACAAACUACAGGUCAGAAAGCAAUAGAUGAGUAUUUCAAUAUGAAAUGA